CAUUGUUUAUCCAGGCACAGAGUGGGUCGCAUUCCUGUCCUCACCUUUGUCCCUGCGCAGCUGGUGGUUGGUAUCCGCUGUAUCCAUCCCCGAGAGGGACCUGGUGCCUCUACCCAGGUUUCUGUCGCUCUGUCUCCUGCGCUAUGCCCUGCUGUAGUCACAGGAGCUGUAGAGAGGACCCCAGGACAUCUGAAAGCCAGGAAAUGGACCCAGUGGCCUUUGAGGAUGUUGCUGUGAAGUUCACCCAGGAGGAGUGGGCUUUGCUGGAUAUUUCCCAGAGGAAGCUCUACAGGGAACUGAUGCUGGAAACUUUCAGGAACCUGACCUCUAUAGGGAAAAAGUGGAAAGACCAGAACAUUGAGUAUGAGUACAAAAACCCCAGAAGAAGCUUCAGGAGUCUCAUAGAAGGGAAUGUCAAUGAAAUUAAAGAAGACAGUCAUUGUGGAGAAACUUUUACCCAGGUUCCAGAUGACAGGCUGAACUUCCAGGAGAAGAAAGCUUCUCCUGAAGUAAAAUCAUGUGACAACUUUGUGUGUGGAGAAGUUGGCGUAGGUAACUCAUCUUUUAAUAUGAACAUCAGAGGUGAUAUUGGACACAAGGCAUACGAGUAUCAGGACUAUGCACCAAAGCCAUAUAAGUGUCAACAACCUAAGAAAGCCUUCAGAUAUCGCCCCUCCUUUAGAACACAAGAAAGGAAUCACACCGGAGAGAAACCCUACACUUGUAAAGAAUGUGGAAAAACCUUUAUUUCCCAUUCAGGCAUUCGAAGACACAUAGUAAUGCACAGUAGGGAUGGACCUUAUAAAUGUAAGUUUUGUGGGAAAGCCUUCCAUUGUCUCAGAUUAUAUCUUAUCCAUGAAAGAACUCACAUUGGAGAGAACCCGUAUGAAUGCAAACAAUGUGGUAAAUCCUUUAGUUAUUCUGCUACCCUUCAAGUACAUGAAAGAACUCACACUGUAGAAAAGCCUUAUGAAUGUCAGCAAUGUGGGAAAGCAUUCCAUAAUUCCAGUUCCUUUCAAGCACAUAAAAGAACCUACACUGGGGCAAAGCCGUAUGAAUGUAAACAGUGUGGCAAAUCCUUCUGUUGGUGUCAUUCCUUUCAAAUACAUGAAAGAACUCACACUGGGGAGAAGCCCUAUGAAUGUAGCAAAUGUAAUAAAGCAUUCCAUAGUCACAGAUCCUAUCUUAGACAUAAAAGGAGUCACACGGGAGAGAAGCCUUAUCAAUGUAAGAAAUGUAGAAAAGCAUUCACGUAUCCCAGUUCCCUUCGCAGACAUGAAAGGACCCACUCUGUGAAAAAACCUUAUGAAUGUAAGCAAUGUGGGAAAGCAUUAUCUUAUCUUAUAAGUUUUCAAACACACCUAAGAAUGCACUCUGGAGAAAGACCUUAUAAAUGUAAGACAUGUGGGAAAGGCUUUUAUUCUCCCAAGUCAUUUCAAAGACAUGAAAAAACUCACACUGGAGAGAAACCCUAUGAAUGCAAGCAAUGUGGUAAAGCCUUCAGUAGUUCCAGUUCCUUUCGGUACCAUGAAAGGACUCACACUGGAGAGAAACCCUAUGAGUGUAAGCAAUGUGGGAAAGCCUUCAGAUCUGCCCCACACCUUCGAAUGCAUGGUAGGACUCACACUGGAGAGAAACCCUAUGAGUGUAAGGAAUGUGGGAAAGCCUUCAGAUCUGCCAAGAACCUUCGAAUUCAUGAAAGGACACAAACACACAUAAGAAUGCACUCUGUAGAAAGACCUUAUAAAUGUAAGAUAUGUGGAAAAGGCUUUUAUUCUGCCAAGUCAUUUCAAAUACAUGAAAAAUCUUACACUGGAGAGAAACCCUAUGAGUGUAAGCAAUGUGGUAAAGCCUUUGUUUCUUUCACUUCCUUUCAAUAUCAUGAAAGGACUCACACUGGAGAGAAACCCUAUGAGUGUAAGCAAUGUGGAAAAGCCUUCAGAUCUACCUCACACCUUUGAAAGCAUGGUAGGACUCACACUGGAUAGAAACCGAGGCAGGCCAAAGCAGGUGAAUCACCUGAGGUCAGGAGUUCAAGACCGGCCUGACCAAUAUGAUGAAACCCCUGUCUCUACUAAAAAUACAAAAAUUGGCCAGGUGUGGUGGGCUGUUCCUGUAAUCCUAGCUAGUUGGGAGGCUGGCACAGGAGAAUCGCUUGAAUCUGGGGGGCAGAGGUUGCAGUGAGCCGAGAUCAUGCCAUUGCACUCCAGCCUGGGCAACAGGAGCAAAACUCCGUCUCAAAAAAAAAAAAAAAGAGACUUGGCCUUGUGGUGAGGGGAUGUCAGCUCUAGACUCCUGGACCUGUUUUUGCCUUACUUAUUCUCUAAAGACUAAAAUAUUUCCUAAAAUUUAUGGGCGCUGUUUACCAGAAAGUACCUUAGUUAAAACAUAGAAGUUCAUUUAUGCCUUAUAAAGCUUUUUUUUUCAGGUUGGUUUAGUGAGUCACAGGAAGCUAAUAAAUUUGUGUAAUUGUCU